AUGCUGCGCGCCGCGGCCCCACGUCCUCCUCCUCUAGGCGGCGCGCAGAAGGGCCCUAGGGGACCCAGCGAGGAAUCGGAGGAAAGGGAAAGCAGGCGACCACGUCGGUGGCAGCAGGGUCGGAAGCUUAGGCAGAAGUCGUCCGGCCCUCCCCCCCCCCGACCCCGUGCCUCUCCUGGGGCGAGGGUGACCGCAGGCGCGCCACAGUUCCACAGGGUCUGCCCUACGCCCUCUGGGUCGCACUCAGUCCUCCCGGAGCCGAGUGGUGGCCCCUGGGCACAUCGUCCAGAGCUCGCGCCGGUCCUCCUGCACGCCCAGCCACUUCGCUUGGCGCCCAGCAGCGAAGGCUCAGAGGGCGGCGCGCAGCAGCAAGUUUCCUUUCGGGCCGCAGUCAAGAUGGCUGUGCCUGGCCGCUCGCCUCUGGGGUCAGACCUAGCGGCCCCUCUUCGGGGCCCGAGGGUUCAUGUCCGUCCCAGGCCGCGCCGCCGCUGCCAGAGUUCCGGGCCCUCCGCUGGGCAGGCCGCUGCCUUCUCACUCCCGCGUCGGUCUCAGUCAGUCCUCUUGCAUCUGCCGCCGCCGAAAGUCCGCGUCGCGUUCUGGCCGCGGUCGGGCAGGGUGCAGGCUGUGCCUUCUUGCGAGACCGACAAACAAAUACAGAGCAAAAGGCGGAGGGGGACACCUGAGGGCCGUGGUCCGCGCCAGCAGCCGCCUCCUCCUCCUCCUCCUCCUACUCGGCAGGAGCUGCGCCCUUCGCCCAACUUCCCGGCUCCAGUCGCCUAG